AUGGCUGCUAUUAAGGCUAGCAGAUACAUCACCCUCGUGUCGGGCGAUGGCUUCGAGUAUGUGGUUGCACGAGACGCAGCGAUGAUCAGUCCCAUCAUCAAGGGCAUGCUGGAUCCCAGAAGCCAGUUUCAAGAGGCCCUGACCGGGCGCUGCGUCUUCGAGGAGAUCAGCGGAGUCGUAUUGGAGAAGGUUGUCGAGUACUUCCACUACUGGUAUCAGAACCGAGAGAAGGAAGAUGUCCCCGAUAUGGAGAUCCCAACCCAUCUUUGCCUAGAGCUCUUGAUGGCGGCGGAUUUCCUCGGGCUGGAUAAACAAGUAUGA